GGGCUUCAUAGCAAGUCUUGUUGGUCUCCGGACUGACCUCCAGGGCUUCAUGGCGAGUCCCACUGGUCUCCUGCCCGACCUCCAGGGCUUCAUAGCGAGUCCCAUUGGUCUCCUGCCCGACCUCCAGGGCUUCAUAGUGAGUCCCGUUGGUCUCCAGACUGACCUCCAAGGCUUCAUAGCGAGUCUUGUUGGUCUCCGGGCUGACCUCCAGGGCUUGGUGGCGAGUCCCGUUGGUUUCCUGCCCGACUUCCAGGGCUUCAUAGUGAGUCCCGUUGGUCUCCAGACUGACCUCCAAGGCUUCAUAGCGAGUCUUGUUGGUCUCCGGGCUGACCUCCAGGGCUUGGUGGCGAGUCCCGUUGGUCUCCCGGCCUGCCUCCAGGGCUUCAUAGCGACAAGGCUCAGGAGGUCAGCCAGGAUGGGACACAUCCCCAAGGUUCCCGCUCUGCCGCCAGCGUCCCCCAAGGUUUCUACUCUGCUGCCGGCGUUCUCCUCAGAUUCCUCUGUUCCUUAGUUGUUUCCAUUUAACUCUGCGUUGUUUUCCACAUCUGUUCUUCAUUGGUGAUUCAAAUUAUGUUUAUUUCUUGUUUCUAGUUAUUUUCAUGUGUUUUAAUUA